GUCACUCCAAAGAUGGCCGAUCACGGCCCAAUGAUUUUUAAGCCCAGUGAGGUCUAAUUUUAUAACCUCAUGUAUCGAUCUAGAGCUAAAGUGUAAAGUUAUGAUGUUGACUGACUGUUGUGAGGUGUGACGUGUGCAGUUUAAGCCCGCAGCUUUCCCUAAACAAUAAAUCACCUUUUGUGGUCCAAGAUGGCGGACUAUCUGUCCAGGGCAUGCAGACUCCAGCUAACCACAGCCAUGGAGAACCUGGUAAGGACUGCAGUGUUGGAGAUUUCGCAGAUCUUUGAGGAUAGCUUACAUGAUCAUCAGGUGGAGCUCGCACGUAAAGGAGAAGAGAUUGCUCAUCUGAAAGUGAAGCUGCAGCGAGUUGAGCUGAAGCUCAAAGACAUGUCAGCACAAAGUGCAACUGACACGAGCUUUACACAGAUUUAUGAAACUUCACCAAAGUCAGAAGAACCUGCACCUGAAAAAUCCACUGACCCUGAAAUUGAUUUUGAAGUAACUGAUGACUGGUGUGUUCCUCUGGACUCUGAGAAUGUGGUCAAACAAGACAUUCCUUGCCCAAGUGUUCGACUAAAACAAUUUUCUAUUCCUCUGUGGCCCAUUUCUUUACAGCAUGAGGCUUUUCUGAAAAUCCCAAAAGUAAGGCUUAGACCACGUCAAAACAGAGAUAAUAAAGAUUUACAUGAAAAAAUCAAGCCCAAAGGCCAGUCAAAGCGUGGCCGACCAAGGCUCCAUCCCCUAGAAAAAGACACAUUUAAAGAUUUACAUGAAAAAAUCGAACCCAAAGUCCCAUCUAAACGUGGCCGACCAAGGAUCUGUCCUCUGGAAAAAGACGCAUUUAAAGAUUUACAUGAAAAAAUCGAACCCAAAGUCCCAUCUAAACGUGGCCGACCAAGGAUCCGUCCUCUGGAAAAGGACAGAUUUAAAGAUGUGCUAGUGAAUAUUAAAGAAGAACCCUCCGACUAUGAAGUAAAGCCACCCAUACAAACAGAAAUACAGAAAACCCACAAACGCACAAAGAGACGCACAAAGAGACGCAAAAGACGCAACUCUACAGGACAACAGUAUUGCUGCAGGUUCUGUCCUAAGGUCUUUGACACAGCAUUCGGCCUCAGUGUUCAUGAUCGGGCACACAAGAAAUGCAAAGGCUGCAAAAAAAUCUUUCCUUUUCCAAGUGUUCUUCAAGAACAUAAGAUCAGAUGUAAAUAUUAUAAGGCGUUAAUGAAGUUAUCCAAACAACUGCCUACAAAGGGAGGAAAGUGCCCAAGUAUCAAACAAGUCUCUGAGAAAUGCAACACUUCAGUAGAAAGCACAUCGCGUGUUAGAAGGAUUAUCAAAGAGUUUACUUGUAAAAAAUGCCUGACAAAGUUUGCUACACGUUCGCUACUUAUAAAGCAUUCUUGUAAUUUUGCGGUCUGUCCAAUCUGCUCAAAAAGGUUUACCAGUCAAAUGAAUCUAAAGGUGCAUACAACAAAAAUACACAAGAAUCCCACGUACAAUACAUUGGAACUAUCUUGGACCAAACCCUUGGAUGAGAAUGAGGACAAUCAAGAAAAAGACUUCUCGCUAACUGAAAAGUAUAUAAGAAGAUGUUCAGAUGGGUUUAAAUGCUUGAUCUGUAAGAGGGUCUGUGCGACAAAAUACAGUGCUACGGAACAUUACUAUUCACAUACUGGGGAGAAGCCGUACAGUUGUGGUGUAUGCUCGAAAACAUUUGCUCACAGAUCUGCUCUGAGCCACCAUAGAAUAACUACUCAUGGUAUGCAUAUGAAGUACCUAAUAUGUGCGUGUUCCAAGAGAUUUAUGUACAAAUUAAAGUACAAGGAACACACACUGAUCUGCCCCACUGCUAAUGCUCAGAAAAAUGGAAAAAAGGCGUAACUAUUGUGCUGUCAGAUGUAUCUUUUAGAUUUACUAAUUUUUAAACUAAAUGUUGGUUGUAUUUUGUAGGUAACGUGUUGUAGUGCUUUGUCUGUCUGAUUUUGUAGUCGUGUAAAAUUAUUGAAGUACUGUCAUGACAUUUCAAUCAAAUAAAACCCAAUCUCCACAGCUUUCUAUGUUUUAUAUGGCUGCUUAUGUUUGGUAUACAGUAUUUGGGAUUGCGAGACUUGUCUUCUCGCGAGACUUGGCGACAUUGUCAUCGGAGGGACCUAUCUGUAGCAUUUAGCUGGGUACAAACAAAUGUCUUAAACCUGUACAAUUUUAUAUAUCUGAUGUGCAUAUUAACUAAAUAAGUAAUAUUAGUUUCUGUUGGUCGUGUGUUAUUAAUAUUUAACCAUGUAGAUGUCUCAAAAUAUGUCUUUGUUGAGAUUUAGUUAAAGGUGGCAUCGUAGCGUCGGAUGCAGUUUACAUGGAUUAUAUUUAAAACUUAACCGUGGUCCAGACAGUGCUCAUCUAUAGGCAAAAUGGAGAUUGCUAAAAGUGUUUUCCAUGCAAAAUUGGCAUCCGUUAUGGACACUCUGCUUGCAAAUGCAGUGCGUGAGAUAGUGAAGAUCUUUGAAAGCAGCCUGAGCCAACACCAGGCGGAGCUGUUGCAAAAGACAAACGAAAUCACCAUCCUUCGAGAAGAGCUGGAGAAAGUUCAGAGAAAAUGUGCAGAGAAGAGCACAAAUACAAACAUUUCAGAUGCAGAUGAGCCAAUAUCAGAGCGUGGACUGUGCGUCAAACAAGAGCCAAACACCGUGGAUGUAUCAGAUGAAGAAAAGGCACUGCGUCUGAACUUAAGUGGAAUAAAGAAAGAGUCCCAGGAGUUCCCAGAUUUUGAAGCUGAUGAAUCCAAACUUGAACACAACGGGUCACCAAGACAGGCCUCUGCUACAAUACAAGAAAUUCAACUGAAUCAACAAAUUAACCUGUUCCCUCCGGCUCAAUGCAAGGAUGAAAUGCCAGAUUGGGAUGAGAGUAUUCACACUGCAGCACAACUAAAUGCAGAAGAGGCCCUUUCCCCUUCUCUUCUGUCCAUAUUGCCAAAGGUAUGUUCUAACACAAGCCAGACAGAGGGAUGGGUCCCAGGUUUAAGCGCCGCUCAAGACUCUACAAUGGAAAACUUUAAGGGAAAUGAAACCAACUGCCCUGGUCCAGUGAAUAGAAACACUGUAUUUGGUGUUGGAGAAACAUGUUUAGAAGACAAUUAUGUUACUUUCCUGGAAGAAGAUCCUGGAAAUCUUACAUCCAGUCAUCAAAUUGCUCAGUCAGCUCAAAGAUUAGAAGGUGGACUCACUCCUUACACCAAACGAGGUUCAACAUUUGUAUCCAGGGACCAACCACAGUCCAACUUUCCUACAUUAACACUGAGAAACAUGGAGUCUUUAACCCACCGUCCAUCAGCCAGUGGAGUGAACAGGCGCCCAUACUCCUGCCCUUACUGUGGAAAGUCAUUUACACACCCUUCACAUCACCGGCAACACCUCCUCUGUCACACGGGGGUCCGGCUGCCCUUGUGUCAGUUCUGUGAGAAGCGAUUCCUGACCCCCUCGGAGCUCACGACACACACUUGCACAUAUUCGGGGGAGCGACCUUUUGGUUGCAGCCAGUGUGGACGACGUUUUGCCCGCAGCAGAAAUCUGAGAGCCCACCAGAGGGACGUGCACCUGGGCAAGAGGCCGUUUGCUUGCACCGAAUGUGGGCAGAGGUUCGCACAUAAGGGCAACCUGCGGGUACAUAAACACAGAGUUCACAAUGGACUACAUCUCCAACAGACUCAAUAGGCUCUGAUACUGAAUAUCAGAAGCAUCAAAUAUAUGUAAUAAGAUUUAUGGGAUUAUGUACCAAGGAAAAAUGUAUCAAUAACUACUAAAAUAUACUUUUAUACUUUGUAUUCAAAUGCUCAAAAUGUCCACCCUUUUCUUUGUGGAAAAAAUAUUUUUUUGAGUUAAUUCAUUUUUUUCUUAUCUUCUUAUCUUGCUUCAUAUAUUUGAUGUCUUCUGUGUGUAUAUAAAAUGUCUAAAGGAAUUUAAAAAAAGAAAAAACAUUGAAUGAGAGGGUGUGUCCAAACAUUUGACUGGUCGUGUAGAUCACUUACGGUAUAUAAGAAUAUAAUCUGCUUUAUUUAACUUAUUUUGUCAUUUUGAUGUAGACUUAUAUUGAGAAUUGUUAUUGUUGUGGUAUGUCAAUGUAUAAAAUGAUUUUAAAAUGUUAAGGUACAGUCAUUUAUCACUAGUAGUCAAAUAUUUUACAAAAUAUUUGCCGUGGCAAAGUUUCAAUGUUGUUUUUACUACUUCCAGUUAAGUCGCAAGUAUAGGUUUAUCAAAAAAGUAGUGGUACGCUUGUUUAAUAACACAUAAUAGACCCAUUUGCUUUAAGCAAAUUAUUAACUCAAAUUAUUUAAACGUGUUCAGUAUUGUCAGUAUCUUGUCAGUCCUCCAAUGUGACAAAUACUAAUAAAGAAUAUGAAUACUGUUAUUGCAAUGUUGAUUCUUAGCCACUAGGGGGCAAUGCCAAUUUAAAACUGAUAGAAAUGACUGCGCGUCUGCAUCCCAUGUUUUCAAUGCUUUCUCUCAUAGUACUGAUAAUAAUAAAUGCUUAUCUCAAUUGGCCUCAAAGCACAAAUGUUUAACCAGUGUUUCACCAGUUAAUCUCUCACUUUCCUCAUCCUUUAUCAUUUUACAGUGUAUGUUUGUGGUGAUUAUAUUAGACCUGAGUAUUAUAGUAUUAUAUAUUAAAAUCACUUUUGUACAU